AAACUGCACGUCUUCGCAUUGCGGGGGAAAGUGUCGUGUCAAACUAGGGUAGUGUGAGUCAAAAAAGGUUUCAUAAACAAACAUAUUUCUGAAAUUUGAGCGUCGCGGGGAAAGGCAAAUAAUGGGAAGGACCACCUGGGAUUAUUCCAACAGAAAAAUCCCGACUGUCCCCACAUAAUCCCUGGCCCUUACUUUUAGACUACGCUAUUAUAGACCGCGCUAGCUAGCCUGUCAUCGAAGCUACUGCUGCACAACAAACAAGCUGUCUUCGUGAGCAAAGUGAGAAAAUGGUCUUAUGCAAGGUUGCAUGGCAUCCACUUGUGUAGUGUGAGCUUGAAGGACAUUGACUUUCAGGGAAAUAUUUUCCCUGUAUGCAAAGAAGGGGGGAGCAACGCUGUAAUUCUCUUUGGCAACGUGCAUAGUGGUUUGGCAGCCCUCUAGAGGGCCCAGGGAUGUAUUCACGCACUUCAUUAUGGAGUUAUUUCAGAUGUGUGUUCAUGUCUUUGAUGAAAAAGGUGUACCUGUUGAAUCCUCUGGAGAACCUAAGGAGCUACAUCAAUAACCGUCCGCCACUGGUCAUUUUUAUGGUCAGCGUCAGCACUGUGGCCAUCACCUUCCUCACCAUAGGCUACUUUUUCAAGAUCAAGGAGAUCAAAUCUCCUGAGAUGACAGAGGACUGGAACACCUUCCUGCUGCGCUUUAACGAGAUUGACUUCUGCGUAUCAGAGAACGAGACGCUCAAACACGGCCUGAAUGAGUCAACCACACCCGAGAGCACGGCGACCAGUGGCCAAGCACGAUCCAGCACCCAGGCUCCACUGCUGCUGGAGGACCCCGGCCCCAUCAACAUCUCAGUGCCCAUCACCCUCACCUUGGACCCACUGAGGCCCUUUGGCGGCUACUCGCGAAACAUUACUCACCUUUAUGCCACUGUCCUGGCAGGGCAGGUUGGCUUGGCUGGCAGGGAAGCCCACGAGGAGAUGAACAUCACCUUCACCCUUCCUGCAUCCUGGAACUCUGACGAAUGCAUGCUUCACGGCCACUGUGAGCAGGUGGUGUUUAGCUCCUGUAUGACCAUCACGGCUGCCAGCAACGUCUUCCCUGUCACAGUGCAGCCGCCCCACUGUGUCCCGGAGACAUACACCAAUGCCACGUCCUGGUACAAGAUCUUCACCACGGCCCGGGACUCAGACACCAAGUACACGCAGGACUACAACCCUUUCUGGUGUUACAAAGGAGCCAUCGGAAAGGUGUACCACGCCCUCAACCCCAAGCUGACCGUCAUUGUGCCGGAUGAUGACCGCUCACUCAUCAAUCUGCACCUAAUGCACACCAGCUACUUCCUCUUUGUGAUGGUCAUUACCAUGUUUUGUUAUGCUGUCAUCAAGGGCCGGCCAGGGAAAGUACGGACAACCACCAACCCCGACUUUUGCCCUGAGAAGGUGGCCUUGUCAGAGGGGUAAGAAGAACGUUUCGAUCACCAUACGAACUGAACUAUUGCUGAGCAGGAUGUAGAAGAAAAAAAAAAACCAGUUGCCUACUGAACCCUGAAAUAAAUAGAAGGGUGCAAAGUUAUGUGAAUGCAUUUCUCUGCAAUGUUGGGUCACUCCAACCAAAGACAUAUUAAGUGCCUGUAUCUACUGUGUAAAUAUUUGUAGGAACUCUUGAAUUCAGUACAGAAACAGUUUGCCUGAGCCCCCUGUGCCAUUAGUGACAAAACUCCAAAAUGCAAUAUCAGCAAUGCAAGAAGAUCUGACGCGACAUAGAGGGAAUGGCAACUGCACUUCACAUUGUCACCAUCCUCUUCCCCGUUUCAUCUCACAUUGGAUCCUCGCAAAACCCAGUCGGAGGUACAGAUCCCUGUGUCACUUCAUGUGUUGUGUACAGUAAAAAGCCUUUGGUUUCUUUAAGUAAACAAGCUGUUGUCACACUGAAAUAUUAAUUAUCUGCUUAUCUCUUUCCCUUCAGUGUCUUUAUUAUUCACUUGUGUACUUCAGUGGUUAAUCCUUGCUUGAAAUGUAAAAGGGUUGGAACGGGCGAAAAAAGGGAAGAAGAGGAGGGGGGAAAGUUAGGCUUACUUGCCUCCAGAUUGGUUGAAGCCACAAGCCUUUCAAAACACCCAGAAGUUACAUUGCAAAUGUAUUGCUAAAACUUCACUCUUCCCUCCUUUUAAAAACAUAGUUUUUCUUUACUCUUAUGUUCUUCCAAUACAAUGAGCUUGUUGCUUAAAAUCAAGCUUGUGUAAUGUUUCUGACUUCUAAGCUGGUCAUGCAUAGUGGCCUUGGUUAAUUAAAGGUUGGAAUGCAUGUUCAUUAUUGGUUGUACUCUAUUUGAAACUCCAUUUUUUGUUUUAAUGUGGAUUCUGUGAAUGGAAAAGAAUGUGCAUAAUUGUGGAAUGAUUUACUGUAUAUAAAAGGCGCUUCACUGGCAAAGAUUA